ACGGAGCACACUUUGAUGAGCGAAUUGAGUUCACAGUUGGAUGCAACAAGAAACACAUUAAAACAGUUGGAAAGUGAGGUGACCGCUAUAAAGCUGGAGCAUGCAAUGGCGGCCAAAGGCUUGGAGAAUUAUUUAACCAAUCCCAUCAAUAUAUAUCGUCUAAUGAAGCGCCUUCAUACGGACUGGCAACAAAUGGAGAGGCGCGUCCAACAAAUGAGUACACAAAUUCGAUUUAAUAUAACACAACACUACGGAUUGAACUUCCCCAGCCAGGAGGAUGUGGAUGGUGCCGCAUUGGCACUGGUUCGCCUGCAGAGCACCUAUAAAUUGGACGUGGCGCAAGUCGCUGCUGGUAUACUGAAUGGCAUUAAAUACGGCACGGACAUGAGCUGGCAAGAUUGCUUCGUGCUGGGUCAACAACUCUUUGAAAUGGAGGACUACAACAACACGAAAGUAUGGCUGCGCGAGUCCAUGGAACGAUUGAGGCGCCACCAGCAGCCGCAGCACCAGGACCACAGCGCACCCGAGCCCACCAUUCUCAACAGCAUGGAGAUGGUGGCAAAGAGUUUAUUCCAAAUGGGCGACUUCGAUACGGCAUAUGAGCUAAGCCAGCGUGUGCUCGAACUGGAUCCAUCGCGCAUACGAAAUUGGCAUCUAAGCGCCAAGGCCGCCAAUGUGGUUCAGGGCGAAAUUGGGGAAGUGGCACAGUCAAGGCAUGCAGAUGGCGGAUACAGACUCACCCAGGAGUUCGCUCACUAUGAGAAGGUGUGCCGCGGCGAAGUUAGCGCCUCUGCUGCCCAACAGCGGCCACUGCGCUGUCGCUAUGCACGUGGACAGCACGCCUAUCGAGUGCUGGCGCCGCUUAAGCUGGAGGAGCAUAGUCUAGACCCACUUGUGGUCAGCUAUCACGAUAUGCUGAGCCCGCAGCAAAUCAUAGAGUUGCGACAAAUGGCUGUGCCGCAUAUGAAGCGCUCCACGGUGAAUCCGCUGCCCGGCCGACAAAGCAAAAAGUCGGCAUUUCGCGUGAGCAAAAACGCAUGGCUGGAAUACGACACGCAUCCAAUGAUGGGCCGCAUGUUGCGUGAUCUGAGUGAUGCCACCGGCCUGGAUAUGACCUACUGCGAGCAACUACAGGUGGCCAAUUAUGGUGUCGGUGGACACUACGAGCCACACUGGGACUUCUUCGUUGAUUCGCAACACUACCCAGCCGAGGAGGGAAAUCGCAUCGCUACAGCCAUAUUUUAUCUGUCGGAUGUGGAGCAGGGCGGUGCCACCGCAUUUCCCUUUCUCAACUUUGCCGUGCGGCCGCAGCUAGGCAACAUUUUGUUUUGGUACAAUCUGCAUCGCUCCCUGGACAUGGACUAUCGCACCAAGCACGCGGGCUGUCCAGUUCUAAAGGGCAGCAAGUGGAUUGCCAACAUUUGGAUACACGAGGCAACACAGACAUUUGCUCGGCCCUGUGAUGUUAUUCGGGAUAACGAAGUUUCUCUGGGUUAUGAUAUUAUUGAAUAA